AUGGGUUCGGAGCAGAACGACGGGACGAGCUUCUCACCAGCGGAGCCGAAGCUUUGCGUCAACGGAUGCGGGUUCUUCGGCUCGCCGUCCAAUAUGAACCUCUGCUCCAAGUGCUACAGGGAAAUACGGGUCUCCGAGGAGCAGGCGGCGUCGGCCAAGGCCGCCAUGGAGAAGACCCUCAGCUUCAAAUCUAAGAAGCCCGUGUCCGAGGCUGAAUCGAUCGCAGCAGACGUCAAAUCUGCCGCGGCGACGGAGGCGGAGCAUGUGAUUGCUCUGGCGAAAUCAUCCGCGGCAGCGGCAGCGGGGUCGUCAUCAUCGGAGGCGGCGGUUGCGGUGGCGGCGGAGGUGGUCAAGGCGGCGAACAGGUGCUUGACUUGCAACAAGAGGGUCGGGUUGACGGGGUUCAAGUGCAAGUGCGGAAGCACUUUCUGCGGGUCUCAUAGGUACCCGGAGAACCACGAUUGCGACUACGAUUUCAAGGAAGCCGGGAAGAAUGCAAUCGCAAAGGCCAAUCCGGUCAUCAAGGCGGAUAAGGUCGAGAGGUUCUGA